AUGAGCCAUACUAAGGUACCAGAGUUUGUAGGACUUCCUCAGGCCGACUGGGUAAAGCCGCACAUUACGAAAAAGGAUACAGGAGGAAAGGAUAUUAAGAGAGACAAUAUUACGGAACUGAACUUGACCAUAAUCUCAUGGAUCUACAAUUACAAUCAAGGCUACAUUGAUUACAUACUCCUUGAGAUGUUCCGAGAGGACUUUAACGAAUGGGUUCCUGACACAUUCGCCAUGGUCUAUCAACCCAUCCUCAGAAGGCUUAAGAUGUUCCUCAUUUUCAGAGGGAUAUACGUAGGAUGCGAGAACGACAAACGGGCGACCAUCGCGCAGCAGCUGGCAGCAUUGCUCGAUGAUGAUGUCGAUGACUUGCCUAAGUGGCCAAAGCGCGAACUCGACCAGAUAAUUGGAUACGGCGUGGAAUCCCAGUCACUCGUCUUCAACAGAGGCAAACGGAGUGCAGCUAGCGCGACAGACAACGUUAAAAGAGAUAAAAAUAUCAAUUAUAUUGCGGAUCAAGGCAAUAGCAGCGACGAUUCUGAUAACGAGAGCGACAGCAUCAGGAAGGAACCUAAGGGAGAGAAAAAGAAAAGAGGCAGCAAGAGGGCCGAUUCGGACAGUGACUCUGGGAAGACAUACAUCCCGGACUGGGAAAAAGGAACAAUUACUGAAGGUACCAGUAUUUCGAGAGCGCUGAUGGAUCUCGGCAAGUUGUAUGUCAACCCUCAGAAUGCGUUCUCGACGAUGCUGCGAGACGCCGCCCACGACUACUACUUCAGGCACCUUACUGAGCACCUUAACGACCUGACUUUCGAUGAGAUGGUCCACAAAACGAAGGAAAGGUUUCACACGAAGACAGAAGAGCAGAAUUACCUGACUGAAUGGCGAGCUCUCACCCUUCUCAAGGUUAUUAGGGACAAUCCCGAAAAGAACACCCUCCAAUGUCUUGACCUGGUUAUUGAAAAACUCCAAAAGAUCUACGAAGCUCUCGGAUGUAACUAUGGUCACAAAAGCCACAGCCUCGCUGGACAGCUGUACGCUGCAUGUCAAGGCGUAUCAGCCUGCGCACAAACACUCAUCCACCCCCACGAAGGAUUCGAGAAUGCCUGCGCUGAGCUACGGUCUACUGUCAAGAUCCAUAUGGACUGUGCACCACGGAAUCCAGAGCAAUUUCAUCAGGAAGCAGAAUACGACAAUGACGAAGAUAACAAUGGACAGUACUUUGUCGACCGCAGGUACAGAGAAAGAGGAGGCCACAAAAGAGGGAGAUUUCAAGGAAGAGGUGGCCGAGGAAGUUUUAGGGGAGGUGGAUUUCAUGGUGGAUUCGGCAGCAAUAACGAGCGCCAAAAGAUCUGCUUCGUGUGUAAAAAGGCUGAAUGCUGGUCCACUCGGCACACACCAAGCGAACGUCAGGGACGGAUCAAGAGCUGGCGGGCGUAUAUGGCGGAGAACGAACUCCCGAACGACAACAAUACCCUGGUGUGA